CGUAGGCAGGCGCGGGUUUACACCGUUUGCACACCUUGGCUGGGCCUCGCGUAUAAAUAAGGCGCGGGCCGCGGGCUGACUUCUGCAGUAGCACUUGCCAGCCAACAUGGUGAGCAGACUUUUGUUUGCCGCGCUCCUCGGAGCUUUCCUACUAGCCAGCGUCCAUGGCGAGUCCCAGGCGCAGAAGGCGUCCGUCGAGUCCGUCGACGUGACCGACUUCGAGUUCCUGGACGGGGCCGCCGACAAGCACCCCCUGCGCGCCAGGAGGCACAUCCCCGGCAUCUCCGCCGCCAGUGUCCACGACAGGUUCAGGACCAUCGGCAGCGCGCACCGCCUGGGCGCCGCCGGCAGGGCUAGUGCCAACGCCAACGCAAACGCCAACCUCAACGCCAACGCCGACGCUCACCUCAACGGCAAGGCCAACCUGCAGGGCAACGCCGACGCACACCUCAACGGUAAGGCCAACCUCCAAAGCAACGCCGACGCACACCUCAACGGCAAGGCCAACCUCAACGCCGACGCUCACCUCAACGGCAAGGCCGAUCUCAAGGGCAAGGCUGACGCUCACUUCGACGCCGACGCACACCUCAAUGGCAAGGCCAACCUCAAGAAAAACGCCGAGGCACACCUCAACGGCAAGGCCAACCUCAAGAAAAAUGCCGAAGCACACCUCAACAGCAAGGCCAACCUUAAGAAAAACGCCGAGGCACACCUCAACGGCAAGGCCAACCUUAAGAAAAACGCCGAAGCUCACCUCAACGGCAAGGCCAACCUUAAGAAAAACGCCGAAGCUCACCUCGGUGGAUCCGGCAGCGCCAACCUCGACGUCAACGCCAAGGCCAGCAGCAGCAAGAGCAGCAGGCGUCGCUCCAAGAGCUCUUCUGACGAGAAGGGUGAAAUCAUGAACCUGAUGAAGACGCUCCACGGUCUGGACGACAAGGCCGACGUGAAGAUCGACGUUAACGGCAUCCUGGGGAAACGGGGUAGCUCGAAGGUCAGCAAGGCCGCCGAGGCCAAGAAGAGCCUCGAAGUCGCCUCCGACAAGAGCGCCAAGUCCGUGGAAGCCGCCUCUGGCUCCGGCCGUCUGGGACUCGGUAUCAACGCGUCCGGUUCAGGCUCUAAAUCUGAGUCCGGCUCCGGUUCAAACUCCGGCUCUCUGCGUUCCCGUUUUGGACUUGGCAUCAACGGUCGCCGUUCCGGCUCCUCUUCCGGCUCACAGCUCGGUUCCGGUCUUGACAUUAAUGGCAACGGAUCCGGUUCCGGCUCCGCUCGUUCCGGCUUCGGCCUCCGUUUCGGUGCCAGCGGACAGGGCGCCCAGGCGUCUCGCAACAACGGUGAAGCCGAACUGAACCUUUCAGGUAGCGGCUCCAACACCGCCUCCAGCACCGCCUCUAGCACUGGCCGCCGCUUCGGCUUCGGCCUCGGCCAGAGCAGGCUGGGCCUUGGACUCAACGCCAACAGUAACUCCGACAGCGAUAGCUCCGCCGGCUCCAGGCAGGGUGGACUGGCUAGCCGAUUCGGACUCAACAUCAACGGCAACUCCGGAAGCUCCGGCAACUCCGGCAACUCCGGCAACUCCAGGUGGGGAUUCGGUAACAGGCUGGGUGGACGCUUUGGGCUGAACGCCAACGCCAACGGCAACUCUGGAAGCUCUGGAAGCCCCAGUGCCAGCGAGAGGGCGCAGAGCAGGCUCGGCCUUGCCCUCAACGUCAACGCCAACGGCAACUCUGGAAGCUCUGGAAGCCCCAGUGCCAGCGAGAGGGCGCAGAGCAGGCUCGGCCUUGCCCUCAACGUCAACGGCAACGGCAACUCUGGAAGCUCUGAGAGCAUUAGCCAGAGGGCCCAGAACAGGCUCGGCAGCAGCUUCGGCCUCAACGUCAACGGAAACUCCGGCAGCAGUGCCAGCAACUCCAGGCAGGGCGGCAACGGGCUCGGCCUCAGCUUCAGGGCGAGCAGCAGCGGUCAAGAAGAAGAACGCUCCAGUGGCUUCGGACUCUCCUCCAGACUGGGCGCCAGCCAAACAGCCCCCAGUGCGUCCGAGACCGUCCGCCGCGGCGAAUCGCUCCUCGGCGACCUCAGCCUAAGUGCGUCGGCGUCCUCCCCGGCCGCGACCGCCAGCGCCUCCAGCCAGCAGCGCACCGCCGGCCUCCGCCAGCGCCUCUCCAGCCGCCGCACCUCCAGCGUCUCCAGCACCACCUCCAGCACCACCAGCAGCAGCGACAGCUCCUCCAGCCGCGGCGUCGGCUUCAGGAUCGGCGGGCUGUCCGUGUCGGCCGACUACCAGGGCGGUUUCACCCAGCAGGUGCGCGACGGCGUGGCCGACCGCGUCAACAGCGGCAACUCCCUGCGAGGCCGCGUCGCUGACGGCGUCAACGGAGCCCUCCAGGGCGGCAUCAGCGCAUCCCUCAGCGGCGUCAACGCCGCGACCCGCCUGGCCCAGGGCGGCGUGGACUUGGCCACCCGCAUGACCGAGGGGCUCGUGAGCCGCAGCCGCCAGGUGGGCGGCCGCGUGCAGGGCGGACUCCAGGCCGCCACCACCGGCGCCGCCAACCUCGCCCGCAGCGCCGUGGACACCGCCGCCAACAUGGCCUCCGCCGGCUUGGAGCUGAGCGGCAACGUCGGCAACCGCGUCCUCGACGGCGUGUCCGGCCUCGCCAGGGCCAACGCCAACCUCGUGUCGUCCGCCCUCAACAUGGCCGGCAACGCCGCGCACUCCGCGGGCGGCGCCUUGUCCGGCAUGAUCGGCAACGCCGUCAACUCAGCCAGGGGCGCCACCAGCAUCCUGCGCAACCCGCUGUCCGCCCUCGGCGCCGCCAGGGACUCCCUCAGGGUGUCCGGCGACGCGGCCCUCAACGUGCGCGGCCCCCUGGGCUCCUUCAGCGUCAGCCUCGGCCAGUAAGCCGCAGCGGUACUUUCCAAUAAACCUUCCAUCUAGACCUUAACA